AUGGCUUCCUCUGCACGUGUCGUUUGUUGGCAAAACCGUGAGGAAUGGCUCUAUGUUUACAGAACUUUAUACAAUUUCGACGAUCCAGAGGGUCAGAAAAGAGGAAUAGAUCGCGUGGCUGCCUGGAAAAGCCGCAGUAUGGGUAAACUUCCCCUUGCUAUCGAAUGCACAGUAAAUCUCAUUUCAGCUCAUUUGAUAUCCACACGCAACACUCAUGAUCAAGGCCGGUUGACUCUUGCGAUGGCGAUAGUACGCUUCGUAAAUGGAAUGGUUGAUUUGGAUCAGAAAGGAAAGUUUGCCCGCUCAGUGCAAACAAUUGCAGAGGAAAUAGGUUUACCUAAAUGGCUGGUUGAUAUACGGCACGAGUCUGCACAUCAAAAUUUGCCUUCCUUAGAAACUCUCCGUUGUGGCGUACGAGCAAGCUUGUCAUGGUUGCAGUGUGAAUACUGGGAAGCACAGCUUAAAAUUCACGAUGGGAACAUAAAAAGAUUAAUAGAGCUACUCGAAAAGUACAGGGAACUAACCUUAAGACCUAGUGUCAAGAGUAAAAAGAAGGCGAAGAGCAAGACUGAUAACAAACUAAUACAACUGUCAAACUCCAUAGCUGACACGGUAUCUAGGAGCAAUCUUUGGUAAGAAGCGUAAUUUGGAAAGAAGAGAUGGCUGAAAGGCCAGAUUUUGUUUGUCUUCUUUUAAACUUUAUGUUAUGUUGUUAAUCACCCGCAGAGUGAGAUUUGUGAGAAAUGAUUUACUCCCCACCUCCCCACCCAACAAAGUAGAAGUUCCCCAUCAAUGGCAGGGCCCCUUUCUGAACAUCAAUCUGAUCUUCUUUUGUUUUUGCAAAUGUUCUGAAAACAGAUCUGGUCAGCAACCCAAAAAAUUCCAUUUUCCACUUAAAAUAAUCAAACUAACCUAAACUGGGUAUAUUUCUUGCCUUCUUCAGGAUAUACCAUAAUUCCUUGAACAAACCCAUACCUUCUAAUGAGCACCUUUGCCUGAAUAAAUACCUACCCCCCUAGGCUAUAAUGGUAAACAGGUGCCCCUCUUGAAUAGGCAACCUACCCUCUUCCCUCACUUUCUUAGAUGGUAGGAAUACAAGAAAAAUGUGUUUCUUUUGCCACUUCAUUUACAACUUUUUAAGCCUACAGUGCAGUCUGUACAGAAGAAUAAUUUGUUUCCAUUCCAGUUAUCACUAUCUCCAUGUGCUUGCAGAGUUUCUUUAUGUGCCCCAUUUCUUCUUUUCAUUUUGCCUCUAUUGCAGGGCUAAUUUAAUGAUAAUUCCAUUUCUGUUGCUCCUGUGGCUGAUUUUUGUUCUUUUUAUUGUUCUCAUCAAGUUCUUCUCUAUAAACAAAGCUGUAAUAUGUGUUUCACCUAUCAGUCAUUCAAAUUGCCAAAUAUGUACAAUGACACUGUAGUGCCACCUGGAUUAUUCUUGAGACAGGGAUAAAGUAACUUGCCAACUUUCAUUUUUCAUUCCAAGAGAAAAUUCCCUCCUUGACAGCUAUGUUAACCUUAUACUUGCAUUCUCUGAUACUUGCAUCUUUAUGGAAAGUAAAUCAUUUCAGGUUUAACAAUUUUUUUUCCAGGUCUCUUUUGCCAAGUCUUCUGUUCCAGAAGGGCAUGUUAGUCCCUUCUUGUGAGCACAUAAGUUUAUCAAGUAUCAAUCAAUCAACUAAAGAUGGCCUCUUUGCAGAUUUAAAGACCUCGGAAGUCAUAGGAGAGAUAUUUAAGAUUUGGAAACCAUUGAUAGAAGCACUUGAUAAAUUGUCUCCAGAAUUUUUAAUGUCUACAAUACAUUAUCUCCUUGUGGGAGACCAGUCUGCCAUCACAGAUAAAGAGAAAGACCUAUCUCUUUAUUAUGCUGAAUGGGUGAAACAUUUCCUACUGUUGAUGUCAAAAGAAAAGUGUUGUGAGGUUCCCUUGAUGAACAUUCUAAAAAUUGCCCUGGAAAAUCCAACACAGUCUUAUUUGACAAUUAUUUCCAAAAUAUUGGAAAAAAUGCACUUGAUUGAUUCUAGCUUGAAACAUAAAGUACUGCAUCUUGUUGAAGUUUUUCUUGAGCAACCCCUUUCAGAAUGUUGUUGUGUUAAUGAUAUGGAAGAAUUUCAAGAAUCAAAUCUGGAAGAGUGGAUGGCAAGGAGAAGCAAAAUCUGCACUAAAACUGCACUUCAACAAGAUGAGGGAGCUCCUCAAUGGCAACAAGGCAGUCAGCAGGAUUCAACUUUGUGGCACUUCAUUCCGUUUGGAGAAGUUCUUGGAGCUGAUUUUAAGUUAGAGUUAUCAGUGUGACUUUGAUAGUUUCAUUCAUGACACUUUUCGUAAAGGAUUUGCUGUAAGGAGGGGCAUGGCAAGUUUGAUGAAUUUUUGUUCUUAAGACUUAUUUUCGAUUCUAAACUUGAUAAAAAAAAAAACCAAACUGUCUCUAAUGAAUGACAAAAAUGAUGUAAACUUGGAAGUGACUGAAGAAGAAUGUUUACAAUUUAAUAUUAUUUUGUCCUGGUCUCCUUGUAAUCACAUGCAUGUCAGAAUUUCUCCUGCUCAUUAAUUCUUUUGUCC